AUGCAUGCUGCACCACAGCUCCAGAGCCGCGAGCUGUACCACGAAAUGUCGCUCAUGUUCCUGCUGACGGCCAUUCCUCAGCUCCUAGCAGCGCUGCUGCUGCUCUACUACGCGUGUACCUUCUCACAAGCAUCUAGUGCUUUCGUGCAUCGCAUGCUGGUAGAUUCGUGCUUGCAUGAGGGCGUCGUAGGUCUCAUGCUUGCUUCGCUCCUGUUCUCGGCAUUCCACCUUGCACUAAGUGUAUGCUGCUGCUUUCCCGCUUUCUGUCCUGUUGACCCGAUACGCUGCCAGCUCAGUCGAAUCGUGGCGUGCCCAGAAUCGGUAGCAUACCUCCGGCACUACAACUUGUACCCUCGACUAGCCCACACCUGCGCAACUUCCACAAUGCUGUUCGCAUUGUCCACCAUCGAGACUGCACACAUCAUCAAGGACCAGCAUGCGCGCGUACGCCGUGCCAACUUCGUCACCUUCUCCAGACACGAACCCGUCUACGAGGCGUCCGCCGCAGUCGUCUUCUGA